AUGCCAUCUGAGGCCCAGUCUCAGGAGCCCCGGGACAGAGGACCGCCCCCUCCCGUCACUCGGGCCGGACGCAGCGCUCAGCUGGCCAAAGCUGCUGCUACGAACCCUGCCCCCGAGAGGCGGCCUCGUGGACGGGGGCGGAGUCGAGGUCGAGCCCAGGUAGAGGAUGAGGAGAGCAUGGACGCCACGGAGAAGAAAGCCCCUCAGAAGACAGAGGUGAAGGAGGUGAAGGAGAGGACAACAGGACGCCGUCGAUCCACCUCCAGGAGGAAAUCUAACACAAAUCCAGAACCUGACCCGUACCCUGAACCCAGCCAGGACGGGCUCAGUCAAGAGCCUAAGCUGGACCCUGACCCUGGUCCAUCUCACCCUGCCCCCACAAUCUCAGAGUCCAGCCCAGAACCUGCUCCCAGUGUGGAGGAGGAGGACAGAACCAGCCCUGCUCCUACUGCUGAGCUCUCGGUCUCCCCCCCCGGAUCAGCUUCCAGUCCUGGGGAAGAACCUCAAGUCAGCCCCCUGCCCGCCCCCCAGUGUCCUUCCCCGGACUGUAGCCCGGUUCACAGCCCCACUCCCGGUCCUGUGGAGGAGGACCGGCCCAGCCACAGCCCGGCCCCCAUGGAGGUGGACUGCAGUCCCGGCACGGUUCCUAUGGAGACAGAGGGGGGCAGGGCAAGUCCUGGGGCCAGUCCCAUGGAGCAGAGUCCCGACCUGAGUCCCUGCUUCAGCCCUCCGGUCUCCCCCUGUCUUCAGCUGGAGGACGAGGACUCGCUGUCCCCCCUGUUCCAGAGGUCGCUGUCAGAGGACUCCGGGGGCUCGCCCACCCCCAGCCUGGGACACACCAAAAAACGCUUGCCCCAUAGUCUGAAGCAGUGUGCCUUCUGCUACUGUGGCGAUGAGCCUCCUCUGGGCCAGGGCCGCCUGGCGGUGUUUGGCCCGACGCCCGGCUACAUCCCUCUCCACAUCCUCAACCGCCGCGCCUCCUCUGACCGAGACAAUGACUGCCAUGACCACUGCUACCGUGGCGACCAGGCCCCACCCUUGUGCAGCAGUCCGGAGCAGUGUGAGUCUUCCUCUGAGUUCGUGGAGCAGCUCGGACCCAUCGGCCUUCCACACGACAUCAACGUCCAGUCACUGUUCGACCCAACAGGUCAGUGCUGCGCUCACCUGCAGUGUGCAGCCUGGUCAGCGGGGGUGUGUCGAGGCGAGGGCCAAUCACUGCUCUACGUGGACAAAGCCAUCGACUCAGGAAGCACACAGGUGUGUGCGUUCUGCCGUCGGCUCGGGGCUUCGCUGCGUUGUCGGGAGAUGGGCUGUGGGCGGAGCUACCACUUCCCCUGUGCUGCUGCCGCUGGGGCUCAUCAGGACUGGAACCAGAGACACACACUGUGUACAAGACACACACACACAGUCUCUUCACAGUGUGUGUUGUGUUCCGGUGGCUGUGAUGACAGCAGUCUGUUGAUGUGUUGUUGCUGUGGUAGCCGUUACCAUGGCAGUUGUCUGGACCCCCCUUUGGCCCCCUCCCCCCUGUGCCGAGCAGGUUGGCAGUGUCCUCAGUGUCGAGUGUGUCAGAGCUGCAGGUUGCGAGGGGAUGAUGGUGCGUUGCUAGUGUGUGAGCACUGUGAUAAAGCUUACCACACACACUGUCUCACACCACCUCUGGAUAACACACAGAGCACCGGCUGGAGCUGCAAAAACUGCAGAAUCUGCCGCCGCUGUGGUGUGAGGUCAUCAGGUCAGUGGGCCAAUCACCCAUUUCUGUGCGAGUCAUGUGACCCAGCCCUGCCCUGCCCUCUAUGUGGCCACACCCCCAACAUCUACACACCACAGGAAUAUCUCACCUGUACCUGCUGCUAUAGGUGUGUCCAUACAGAGUGCAUUGUCCAGGCCGGGGAGGGCAGGGCAGGGUCUGAAAGUUACAUCUGCUCCACCUGCAGGCCUCAGGAGGAGGAUCUAAUUCUGAACACUCCAACCCCACACAGUCCUACCCCAGCCUUGCCCGUCAGUCCCAUUUGCAUUUCACAACCACCACUUUGCAGUCAUACUGAGGGUUCACCCACCAGUCCUACCCCUCAUAGCCCAGUCCAGCUAGUCUGCUCAGAGCCACCACAGAGUCCUAUUGAGACAAUGUGUACACCAUCACAGCAGAGUCUUACACCAUCUCACCUUGACCCAUCAGAGCUCCAACAAAGUCCGGCACCUCUUCACCCUGACCAAUCAGAGGUUCAACAAAGUCCGGCACCUCUUCACCCUGACCCAUCAGAGGUUCAACAAAGUCCUGCACCUCUUUACACUGAUCCAUCAGAGGUUCAACAAAGUCCUGCACCUCUUCUCACUGAUCCAUCAGAGGUUCAACAAAGUCCUGCACCUCUUCACCCUGAUCCAUCAGAGGUUCAACAAAGUCCUGCACCUCUUCACCCUGAUCCAUCAGAGGUUCAACAAAGUCCGGCACCUCUUCACACUGAUCCAGGUUCAACAAAGUCCGGCACCUCUUCACCCUGA